CCCGCACCGGAAACUGAAGCGCAAACGCGAGUCAAAGCGGAAGUGACGCGUGCAUGGAUAAAGUCCAUUUGUUUGCAGCGUGAAAGCAACAAAAAAAGCGUCGAAAUGGGAAAAAGCUGCUGUGCGAUAGGCUGUAAGAACAGAUUUGCAAAAAAUUCUAAGAUAUCGUUUUACAGACUACCGAAAAAUACCGAAAGGAGAAAUAAAUGGAUCGCUGCAAUUCGCAGAAAGAACUGGAAUCCAGUCGCCGAAACUUGGAUCUGCAGUAGCCAUUUUGUGUCAGGAAGUAAGAAUGAUAAUCCCCUACACCCUGACUAUGUGCCAAGCAUAUUUAGUUUCACCUCUAAAAGCGGUCGUAGACGGGCUGUCAACUACAUGUCGAGAUAUGAAAGAUCUCUAGCUGCCACAGCUCUUCUGGACAUGCAAAAGAGUUUUGCUUCAAAAGCAGAGAUGGAUAAAAACAAUUGCGUGUCCACAGCAGAGGAACAGACUGUUGAGGUCCCAGGCACGGAGGUCCAGACAGAGAUGACACAAAGUGAUGUAACCGCUUUACAUGAACAGAUUAAAUCUUUAAACGCCGAAUGUUUUUCACUUAGGGAUCAAGUUCACAAAUUAGAACACGAGUUGAAACGGCGUACCCUUGACCCUUCCGAGUUUGAUGACGGCAAAAUGAAAUACUUCACCGGACUACCCAAUUUACAGACAUUCAUGCUAGUGUUCAAUUUGAUCUCAGCAGAAUUUCCUAAAACUGCAAAACAGCAGUUAACGGCUACUCAGGAACUACUACUUACACUCAUGAAGCUCCGCUUCAAUCUGUCCGAGGAAUUUUUGGGCCACAUCUUCUUGAUUCAUCAGUCAACUGUAUCAAGGAUGUUUCGACGCUGGAUAAACGUCAUGGCAAGCAGGCUUCAUCCUUUCAUAUUGCCAGGAAGAGUAGACCUGGCCCCAGCCCCAACCCCAGACCCAGCUUGCCUUACUGAGGACAGUGGGUUACUUGACAAGCUCUUGCCAGAGGACUUGGUACUGGCUGACCAGGAUGACGGUGUUGACAGUAAUGACACUGUUGGCUUGCUUUCUGCAGAACUGGAAACACCACUGGAACACACACAAGAGAAGAAACAGCUUAGCUGCAAAAAGAUUGACUCAGCUGGAGAAAUUUCACGUGUGAAAAGAACACGUGUUGAAAAAGUGAUUGGAAUGUUGAAGCAGAAAUACACAAUUCUAAGUUCAACUCUGCCUGAACACCUUACUAGAGUUUUACAAAACGAAAGAGUGGAGGACAAUCUUAUAGAUAAGAUUGUGUUAACAUGUUGUGCUCUAUGUAAUCUUUGUGAAAACAAAGUGCCUUCAGAUUAAUGGAGUGUUUGUUUGUGUAAAUUGUUAUUUAAACCACCUGUCAUAACUUGACCGUGAUACUAAAAACACGAUAGGUCUAAGUUUGAUGUUGACUGUCAUUAAUAACAGACAAUAGAAUAAACUACAUUUUGUAAAUAGUUAUAUUAUAAUUUUAUGAUUACAAAUGUAAUAUUUCAUUUAGUAAUGUAUAUCGGUUUUUUUUUACGGUUAUAUAUAUAUAUAUAUAUAUAUAUAUAUAUAUAUAUAUAUUACAGUUUUGGGUGACACACAAUUAAAAACAAAAACUAACAGUGACAAACAUCCCUGUUGUACUCUGAUGUAAAUUGUGAGUUAUGUUUGUAAAGUUAUCUUGACAAAUAAAAAUGAUACUCUGCGAGAUAA